GAAGGAGUUGAAGUGAGAGUUGCCAGAAUAUUCAAUACCUUUGGUCCUCGAAUGCAUAUGAAUGAUGGUAGAGUUGUCAGUAAUUUUAUCCUACAAGCUCUCCAAGGCGAACCACUAACAGUCUAUGGACCUGGAACUCAAACAAGAGCUUUCCAGUAUGUCAGUGAUCUUGUGAAUGGGUUGGUGGCGUUGAUGAACAGCAAUGUCAGCAGUCCUGUCAACUUGGUGAGUCCAGAAGAGCACACUAUCCUAGAAUUUGCCCAGUUAAUUAAAAAACUUGUUGGCAGUGGGAGUGAAAUCCAGUUUCUCUCAGAAGCGCAGGAUGACCCUCAGAAACGAAAACCUGACAUCAGAAAAGCCAAGUUAUUGCUUGGCUGGGAACCUGUGGUCCCAUUGGAAGAAGGUUUGAAUAAAGCAAUUCAUUACUUCCGUAAAGAACUUGAGUAUCAAGCGAACAAUCAGUAUAUUCCCAAACCAAAACCUGCAAGGAUGAAAAAAGGAAGAACAAGACAUAACUGAAGACUGUUAGUUGGACAGGAGAUUCCCUGCUUGACGUUUGACGGAUGUAAUUUUUUUCUUUUUUUUUUUUUUUUUUUUUUGAGAGAGAGACUUUGAAACAGGUAUCAUGAAGAACAAACUGGAAUUUCAUUCUGAAGCUUGCUUUAAAGAAGUGGAUGUGCCUAAAAAUAACAAAUAUUCCCCUUCCCCUGCAAAUCUUGCCUUGCACUUUUUAAAUCUGUCUUUUUAUGUAAAAUAGAGUAGGAGCAUCCUUUAGUAUCUUCAAGUUUUAUAUCUUGCUGUGAGAUCAUUUUGUUGUGACUGUCCUUGACAGUUUUAUUUACUGGUUUCUUUGUGAAGCUGAAGAUAAACACAAACGGGAUGGAAAAUGCCAAUUUAUUUAUAAAAUGGGUACUAUAAAAUAUGAGAUGUUCUACUAUGCAUAAGAAAAAAGCUAGUGGUAUUGUCAGGUGAGAGAUACUGACAUCUAAGUACAGAGGAGUUUAAAAGAAUUCUGUAUGAGAGCUUUAUGUAUUCUUUAAAGGAGAGAUUUUUUCAAGGGUUUAGCUUUAGUUGUACACUUGAAUUUGAGAUAUUUUCAUUGAUUACCAUGGAUAAGGAUAUUUUGAAUCACUACUGUGUUGUGCGUACUCUGGGAAUAAAGUUAAUGUAUUAUUGGUUACAGUGGUUGAAUAUGCUAUUUUAAUAAAAUAUUGAAACUUCUAUUUA